AUGCCAGGAGAAGUAAUCGAUCGACCCAACCCGGGGCCUUUGCCCUCCCAAUUGCCAGACGAGGUAGCACAGCUGGCGAUCACGCUAGAAUCCAAGAAGCUGGACCCGGAGAUCAUCAAUGCUCUGCUCAAGUUUCGCAGAGCCGCAUCUUAUGUGGCGGCCGCCAUGAUUUUCCUUCAAGAUAACACUCUGCUCGAACGGGAUUUGACGUUCGAGGACAUUAAGCCUAGAUUGUUAGGUCACUGGGGAACAUGCCCGGGUCUCAUCCUGGUAUACUCGCAUCUGAAUUACUUGAUUCGAACUCGCGAUCUGAACAUGCUCUAUGUGGUCGGACCUGGACACGGUGCCCCGGCUAUCCUCGCAUCCCUCUGGUUGGAAGACUCGCUGGCGAGAUUCUACCCCGAGUAUAGUCGCAAUAGCAAGGGUUUGCAUCGCCUGAUUGCGAACUUUAGCACAUCAUCGGGAUUCCCCAGCCACAUCAAUGCCGAGACUCCCGGCGCCAUCCACGAGGGCGGCGAGCUUGGUUAUGCACUGUCGGUAUCAUUUGGUGCGGUGAUGGAUAACCCGGAUCUCAUCGUGCCUUGCAUCGUUGGAGAUGGUGAGGCGGAAACGGGUCCCACAGCCACUUCAUGGCAUGGAAUCAAGUAUAUUGAUCCCAAAGAGUCUGGAGCAGUUCUGCCUAUCUUGCAUCUCAACGGCUUCAAGAUCAGUGAGCGCACCAUCUUUGGGUGCAUGGAUAAUAAAGAGCUCGUGAGCUUGUUCAGCGGCUAUGGCUACCAAGUCCGCUUGGUUGAAGAUUUGGAGGACAUCGAUACCGACCUACACUUCUCCAUGGCAUGGGCAGUCGAUGAGAUCCAGAAGAUCCAGAAGGCUGCUCGUUCGGGUCAACCGAUGGUCAAGCCACGAUGGCCCAUGCUGAUUUUGCGGACACCCAAGGGUUGGUCUGGUCCCAAGGAGCUGGGUGGCCAAUACAUUGAAGGGUCAUUCCAUUCUCAUCAAGUACCCUUGCCCAAGGCCAAGUCCGACCAGGAGCAACUGGGCAUGCUUCAAAAAUGGCUGGCCGGCUACAAGCCCCGAGAAUUGUUCACUGGGAGCGGAGACAUCACCGACGACAUCAAGUCCGUGAUUCCUCAAAAGGAUCACAUGAAGCUUGGUCAGCGCGUUGAGGCCUUUGACAAAUACGAAGCUCCCAUUCUUCCAGACUGGAAGAAAUUCUGUGUGGCUCAGCGCAGUCAGGAAAGCGCCAUGAAGACCAUCGGGAAGCUGAUCGAUGAGGUCUUUGUUCAAAACCCUCACAGCGUGCGUCUUUUCAGUCCCGAUGAACUAGAGAGCAACAAGUUGGAUGCCGUCUUUGAUCACACCAAUCGAAACUUCCAGUGGGAUGAGUUCGCCAACGCCCGUGGGGGUCGAGUGAUUGAGGUACUGAGCGAGCACAUGUGUCAGGGCUUUAUGCAGGGAUACUCAUUGACGGGACGGGUGGGGAUUUUCCCAUCCUAUGAGAGCUUCCUGGGCAUCAUCCACACUAUGAUGGUGCAGUAUGCCAAGUUCAUCAAAAUGGCUCGUGAGACCAAGUGGCACCGUGCUGUCAGCAGUCUCAACUACAUCGAGACCAGCACAUGGGCUCGUCAAGAGCAUAAUGGCUUUUCCCACCAGAACCCAUCUUUCAUCGGAGCGGUCUUGAAACUCAAGCCCGAUGCGGCUCGUGUGUAUCUGCCACCCGACGCAAACACCUUCUUGUCGACCGUGCACCACUGUCUGAAGUCAAAGAACUACAUCAACUUGAUGGUUGGCUCCAAGCAGCCCACCCCCGUCUACCUGACGGCCGAGGAAGCCGAGAAUCACUGCCGUGCCGGCGCCUCGGUGUGGAAAUUCUGCAGUACCGAUGACGGACUCGACCCGGACGUGGUCCUGGUCGGUAUCGGUGUCGAAGUCAUGUUUGAGGUGAUCCAAGCGGCGGCAAUUCUGCGAAAGCGGGCUCCCUCAUUGCGCGUGCGAAUUGUCAACGUGACGGACCUGCUCAUCCUGGAAAACACGGGCUCCCACCCACACGCGCUUUCGGGGGAUGCAUUCGACAACUUGUUCACCCCGGACCGACCCAUCCACUUCAACUACCACGGUUAUCCAGUGGAUCUACAGGGAUUGCUCUUUGGCCGUCCCAAUCUCGACCGAAUUUCCAUUGCUGGCUAUAUGGAGGAGGGCAGUACCACGACCCCUUUCGACAUGAUGCUGGUGAACCAGACAUCUCGCUACCACGUUGCACGGGCAGCGAUUGAAGGGGGCGCCAAGCGCAACGAGAAAGUCCGCAUCCACCAUCAGGAAUUGACGUCUGAGCUGAGUCACAACAUCUUGGAGACGAGAAAGUAUAUCACUACCAAUCACCAAGAUCCGGUGGGCACUUAUGACAUGCCCGAGUUUCAAUAA